CAUAGAAGACUUGGUCAUGUUGGCAUGAAACAACUCAACCGUCUUAUAAAGCAUGAUUUAGUAGUUGGCUUGAAGAAUGUAAAGUUUGAGAAAGAUAAAUUAUGUAGUGCAUGUCAAGCCGGAAAGCAAGUUGCAAAUGGUCAUCCCUCUAAGAGUGUCAUGUCAACCGAAAGACCAUUGGAAUUAUUGCAUAUUGAUUUAUUUGGUCCUACAACAUAUAGAAGUAUUGGUGGAAAUUGCUAUUGUCUUGUUGUAGUGGAUGAUUACUCAAGGUAUACUUGGGUUUUCUUUCUUCAUGACAAAGCCGAUACUUAUGAUAUAUUCAAGAAAUUCUUGACAAGGGCCGAAAAUGAAUUUGAACUCAAGGUGAAGAAAGUGAGGAGUGAUAACGGAAGUGAAUUUAAAAAUACAAGAGUUGAAGAAUGGUGUGAUGAGAAAGGAAUCAAACAUGAAUUUUCAACCAAAUAUACUCCGGAACAAAAUGGUCUUGUUGAGCGGAAAAAUAGAACCUUGAUUGAUAUGGCAAGAUCAAUGCUCUCCGAAUACAAUGUUUCCGAUAGUUUUUGGGCCGAAGCUAUCAACACGGCAUGUCAUGCAUCUAAUAGAUUGUAUUGCCAUAGAUUCCAUAACAAGACCCCAUAUGAGUUGCUCAUUGGAAGGAAACCAAAUAUAUCAUAUUUUAGAGUAUUUGGUUGCAAAUGCUAUAUUCUCAAGAAGGGAACUCGGUUAUCAAAGUUCCAAAGCAAAUGUGAUGAGGGUUUUCUUCUUGGGUAUUCAUCUUGUAGCAAGGCUUAUCGGGUCUAUAAUAAAACGCAUGGCAUUGUUGAAGAAGCAUAUGAUGUUGAAUUUGAUGAAGAUCAUCCCGUGGAUCAAAUCAUGGGUGAUAUUAGUAAGGCUAGACUAGAAGCUAUUAGAAUCUUAUUAGCUUAUGCUUGUUCUCACAACAUAAAACUUUUUCAAAUGGAUGUGAAAAGUGCUUUCUUAAAUGGCAAAAUUAGUGAACUUGUUUUUGUUGAGCAACCUCCCGGUUUUGAAGAUCCCAAGAAACCAAAUCAUGUAUAUAAGCUCUCUAAAGCUCUUUAUGGUUUGAAGCAAGCUCCACGAGCUUGGUAUGAAAGAUUGAGAGAUUUUCUUAUUUCCAAGGGAUUCAAAAUUGGUAAGGUUGACACCACCUUGUUCACUAAAACCAUUGGUAAGGAUUUGUUUGUUUGUCAAAUUUAUGUUGAUGAUAUUAUCUUUGGCUCAACUAACCCAAGUUUUUGUGAGGAAUUUGGUGAAAUGAUGUCUAGGGAAUUUGAAAUGUCCAUGAUCGGUGAAUUGAGUUUCUUUCUUGGACUUCAAAUCAAGCAACUCAAGGAAGGCACCUUUGUGUGUCAAUCAAAAUAUGUAAAGGAUAUCUUGAAGAAAUUUGGUAUGGAAGAUGCAAAACCAAUCAAGACUCCUAUGGCUACCAAUGGGCAUCUUGACCUAGAUGAGGGAGGUAACCCGGUUGACCAAAAGCUUUACCGCUCUAUGAUUGGUAGCUUGCUUUAUUUGACCGCAUCUAGGCCCGAUAUCAUGUUUAGUGUUUGCAUGUGUGCACGAUUUCAAGCCGCACCUAGAGAAUGUCAUUUGACCGCCGUCAAAAGGAUUUUGAGAUACUUGAAAUAUACUCCUAAUAUUGGUUUAUGGUAUCCUAAGGGCGCUCACUUUGAUUUGGUUGGAUUCUCGGAUUCGGACUAUGCGGGGUGCAAGGUUGAUAGGAAGAGCACUUCCGGUGGUUGUCAAUUUCUUGGAAGAUCGCUUGUCUCUUGGUCUUCAAAGAAACAAAAUUCCGUGGCUCUCUCAACCGCCGAAGCGGAAUAUAUUUCGGCCGGAAGUUGUUGUACACAAUUGUUAUGGAUGAAGCAAACUCUUCUUGACUAUGGUGUGAAAUUUGAUGAAAUUCUCUUGUUGUGUGAUAAUGAAAGUGCCGUGAAGAUUGCUACUAAUCCGGUUCAACAUUCAAGAACCAAGCAUAUUGAUAUCCGUCAUCAUUUUCUUAGAGACCAUGUGAACAAGGGCGAUAUCAAGAUUGAUGGUAUUGGCACGGAUGAUCAAUUAGCCGAUAUAUUCACUAAGCCCUUGGAUGAAUCUCGGUUUUGCAAGUUGAGAAAUGAGUUGAACCGGACGGUCCGCGGGCCACCUCGGAAAAUUUUCAAAGCUUUCACCUCAAAAAUCAAGAAGGCUGGAACAUCAAAGAGGCAAAGGGAUGGUGAUAAUUCAGAUGACUCGGACUAUGAUCCUCAUCCUAGUGAGAUGGCUGCAGCAUCAUCAGUGGGUGGUGUUGGUGAUGAAUCUUCAGAGGAGGACUUAGAGGAUUCUGAAGAUGAUAUUACUGCUUUGAUGGGGCUAGAUCUUCCUAGCCGACAGUGGACUGCUGAAAGCUAUGCAAAUGCUAGAGCAGUGAAUCAGUUCGCCAUGCCUCGUGACACCAACAUCCUCUUUUUCAGCACCAAGGUACAACAAGAUGCUUACUUCGGUCAUCUAGUUAAGAAAACUGUGUUCAAACAUCAAACUAUUGACCUGGGAUGGUCCACUGGGAAGAGGAUAUAUUUUGCCACCUUUGCUCAGUUUGCUGCAGCAAAUCAGUUGGACUAUGAUUUCAUCUCUAGUGAGCAAAGCAUGAAUGUCAUCUUAGAAAAUCCUCUAGAUGAGAAUGACUACCCCAUGAUUGAUGUCAUUGCUCUCAUCAUGGAUCAGCUGGCAGAUUUAAGGCUUAAUAUGGAAAUGAACUUAUACUUUGCUCCAUACAUCAUGUCCAUCAUCAAAGAGAAGACAUCAUUUAGAGGUGGGCAUGGUGGUGAUGAUGAUAGUGACGAUGAUGCUCACAUAGGAGCAGCUGCAGCACAGCAUGGCAUGCCACCACCGCACUCUCCAGUACAGCCGCAGUGGGCUCCUCCAGCUGGCUACUUUGAUCCUUACUUUGCAUCUAUGCAGGAGAGCCUAUCCUCUCAGAUUGCUGGGCUGACUAGUCAGAUGCAGAGUCAGAUGGACCUCAACUUCCAGAACAUGCAGCAGCAGAUGUUCCAGCCUAUGAUGGCUCAGAUGCAGGGGGUUCAGGAGAACUUACACUCAGAUAUAGCCGCUCUUGACGCGCGCUUUGAGGAUUUGCCUUCGUCUGAGCAGUUUGAGCAGCUUGAGCAUAGGCAGCAGGAUUUAGAGCAGCGCUUUGAUACCUUCAGCACAGCCUUCACUGGGUUUUCUGACCACUUCUACUCAGUGUUCCUGGCUCCAAUGGCCAGAACUAGGCAGACCGCCCGCAACAGCACCCAUGGACGGCCUCAUCCGAUCCAUCAUCCUCAGGAAGUGCCCGACCAGGAGGAGCUCGAGCAGCCGGAGGACUUGCCCGAGUUCGUGGUGGUCGAUGACGACAAUGAUGACUACUACGGCUACUACGAAGGAGGCUGGGUGGACACGGACAGUGAGGAGGAGCCUAUGGAGCUGCCCGAGGACCACCCAGAAGCUACAGGCGAUAGCAAUGAGGAUGUUGCAGGAGGAGACAGUGCCGAUCCAGGUGCCGUAGAAGGAGACAAUACUGAAGAUGGUGAUGAUGACCCAGCUGCACCCGAUGGUGGUAAUGAGGAUCCAGAUGAUGAUCCAGAGCCAGCCGAUGCAGCGGAUCCACCGCCACCUGAGCCCCACUACGAGAAGCAGAUACAUCAUCUGGACUUUGCUGAAGAUCCAUUCCCAGCACUUCUCUGGAGGGCUAUGCAGAGAAUUGGCUUCCCACGGAUGCCACAUUAUGAAGCUUGCUUGUACAAGAAUGCUCCACAGGAAGAGGAGUGGUGUGACAGAAGCACUGACCACCUGCGUGGUAGCGGCGAUAUAGAGCAUCAGCGGCUCCUCUGGCUUGGGGGAGACCAGGGCCGGCGGCUCGCCGAGGAAGGCCUUCAGUCAGUCGAAGGCUUCCUGCGCAUCAUCUGUCCAAUGGAAGUGGUUGGAAUUCUUCAGCAGCUUCUACAACGGCAUCCCCCGCUCCCCAAGCCGUGA